GAGGCCGUCUGCCCGUCUCACCACGAACCAAACCAGACCAAUCUUCGGCGAGCCCAUCGGCACAUUCUCAGAGCGCAGAGGAAGCAGGAGGCGGCGGAUCGAGGAGAGGAGACGAGAAGAUGGGUGGCGGCAUGGAGGUGAACAAGAACCGCUGGAUCGAGGAGUGGAACGCCGGCCGGGAGAACCUCGAGCUCAACUUCCGCUUUACCCGCCGCAGCCUCGCCGUCAUCGGCCUCUUCGGCCUCGCCGUCCCCAUCCUCGUCUACAAGGGCAUCGUUCGCGAAUUCCAUAUGCAGGACGAGGACGCCGGCCGGCCGUACAGGAAGUUCCUGUGAGCGUCGCCUCCGGUGGAUGUCGAGACUCCGAGCGGUCUGCAGGGUUUCGGUCAGGGAGAAGGAAUCUCCAUUCGGUUUGUUUCCCGUACUGUUGUAGUCAGACUGGAGUAUUUUGUUCUCACAUGUUGUGCGCGAUAUGUGUUAAAUAAGCUGUAAUGAAAUGCUGUUCUUCCAAUUGCUGAGACCUGAGAAGUCUGAUUUGGUUAAUUUGAGGUAAUAUUUGUGUUAUGCAAUAUGCUUGGAUUAAAUGGGAAGUAAUAUCAUGCGA